CAAGAUGUACGCAAAGACCAUAGUGAUCAGCGUACUGGUGCUGCUGGUGCUUCAAUACGCCGUAAAGUUCUAUUUCAAGAUGGGUUUCAGCAAACAUAUGUUCAACCACUACCCCGGCCCCUGCCACCAGGUGCAAGGAAUGGGUAUUGGCUCUGAAGACAUGCACUUGAUGGACAAUGGUAUCGUUUUCAUUUCAUCGGGAUUUCGGAUGAAGAACGGAAACUCAGCAGCCUAUGACAAGUUCUACUCCAAGAACAAGGGCAAGGGCACGAUCUAUCUGUUCGACAUGAACGACCCCAAGAAGAACGUCCAGGAGAUGAACCUGACCUCCACCAAGGAGUUCGACAAGGACAGGUUUCAGCCCCAUGGUAUCAGUGUGUGGGAGGACAAGAAAGCAGGUAAAUUGUACCUGUAUGUUAUAAAUCACGAGCGAGACGGAGAGGAGAGAGUAGAGAAAUUCCUUGUGUCUGUCGCCAAGCGUUCUCUUCAGCAUCUGAAAUCCUACUACGGAGAUCCAACUAUAAAAGAAAUGAACGACAUCAGUGCCACCGGCGACGACAGCUUCUACUACAGCAACUUCUUCUCGUCGUCCAGUUAUAUUGGGCGUAUGCUGGAGAUGAUGUCCUUCAUGGCUUGGACCCACGUAGGCUACUAUGAUGGCAAAGGAUACCGCAUAGUAGCAGAUGGAAUCAUCAUGGCUAACGGUAUACAGAUGUCCCGGGACGGAAAAUAUGUCUUCGUCGCGAGCUUCUUCGGUCAAGAGAUGAAGAUAUACGAGAGAAGGAACGAUAAUUCCUUGAACUUAAAGCAGUCAUACGCCUUCCACACGAUGCCUGACAAUAUCAUGGAGGACCCAGUAUCCGGGGAUCUGUAUGUAGCCUUCCAUCCAAUCGGACACCUUAUGGCACAACACCUGAUUGAUCCAUCUUUAGAAGCGCCAUCUCAGAUCCUACAGGUGCAACUAAAGCAAGGCACGGUGUCCUCAGUGACGGAACUAUUUGUUGAUGACGGACGCCUGGUGUCAGGAUCCUCCGUUGCAGUUGUGUACAAGAAGAAGAUGCUGAUUGGCUCCGUGUUGAACAAACUUGUGUAUUGUGACGUAACUGUACCUCUGUAAAAUGUAGAGGGUUUUAAACAUUCUUACAGUUUUGCAGUUUUCAUAUCGUAAUAGUCAAAGCAACAGCAAAGCAAUGCAAUUUUUUCCUCGGUACGAUUCCGACUAUAUCAUAAGCAUGCGUUUGGAAUAUAUAACGCAAAAGGUGAGC